CGCGUGACAGUCACCUGCUGGAGGAGGCGUGGCUAAUCACUCUUCAGGUGGAGAAGUCAGUCAGGUAUCGAGUCCUCACUUCUCUCUGCAGCCUUGCGAAGAACAACAUCACAUCACGGCUGUUUGUGUGAAGGCUUGCUCCUGGUAGAACUGCUUAGAGUUGUGUAAGGACAUUUCAAAGGACCUUUCUGCUCAGGGAUUUUAAAGUCUGCAUUAUGACUGGUAUUUUCUCACCAGAAGCAAAGAAGAUUUGUUGCCCCUGAAGCGAAACAGCGAGGGACACUCGAGAGCUUCACUGCAUCCAGAGUCAUGCCUGUGGUGAAAGUAGAGAGCGGUUCUCCUUCUGAAAGCACUCUUCCGGUGAACGACGGUCAGAAAGGCCGUCGGAGGAAGAGACCCCUACAGCGAGGCAAACCUCCGUACAGCUACAUCGCUCUGAUCUCCAUGGCCAUCGCCAACUCACCUGACCGCAGACUCACUCUGGGGGGCAUCUACAAGUUCAUCACCGAGAGGUUUCCCUUCUAUCAAGACAACUCCAAGAAAUGGCAGAACUCCAUCCGCCAUAACUUGACCCUCAACGACUGCUUCAUCAAGGUCCCCCGAGAGCCCGGCCGACCCGGAAAGGGCAACUACUGGGCGCUGGAUCCCAACGCCGAAGACAUGUUUGAGAGCGGAAGCUUUCUCCGACGGCGGAAGCGAUUCAAACGCAGCGACUUCACGACGUACUCGCCGUACGUGCACGAGUCUCCCGUCUUCUCACCGGUCCAGAUCACACGUACGGUCUACUCCAACAUGAGCCCAGCGGCCGCCUUCUACCAGUCCUCCCCGAGCUUCAGCGCCGGUCAGUCCAGGGUCUUCAGGAUCAACUCUCUCGUGGGCUCAGAGAUGAUGCCUCAGCAGUCCUGCCACAGCUUCAGUCCGGAGAGUUUGGGAGGACCGGGCUUCCAGCAUCAGUCCUGCAGCUCCAGCUCCUCCAACAACAUGUCGUUCUCCUACUCCAGCCCCGGACACGGACACGCUCAGGUAUCCUAUCCUCAAGGCAGCGGCCAGGCCUUCGGCUCGUCAGGGAGGAUGGCCAUCUCCAGUUUGUCUCCCAUCGCUGGAGAUGCUGUUGGAGACCCCUACAGCAGAACGUCUCCUGCGCAGCUGGGCUCUUUUGUUCAGUACAAUAACUCUGCAGCAGUAGGAAGCUCAGGAGCCUACAUCAGGCAUCCAGCUUACUCAGGUAACACGGACAGGUUCGUGUCUGCCUCCUGAACAAUGUUCUCCUCUGUGAGAACCGCUGGCACACGGGAACAUUUGGAGAGUGAAUAUGAAAACCAUGAUAUUUAAACUGAUGUUGCUAUUGUUUGUGAUUCCAUCAGUAGACUGAGAUGUUAUUAACCUCAAUCGAUGCAUGUACAGACCUUUGCUAUCACGACAUUGUAAAAAGGCACAAAGUGCUCAAGUUAAAGGCAAAUUUUUACAAAGAUCAAACAUUUUUUGUUCUGUUUUUAGGAAGGGUCCGAUUCUUUUAUUAUUAUUACUUGAGUGAAAUGUCUUCUUCGUAUACGCUUUUCUUAUUGCCAUCUGUGUAAGUGUAAAUGCUUCCAUUUCUGAGUUACAACAUCUUCUUAAUUCAGUGAUAUAAACAUGUUUUUACGAGAGGCUGUGUUGCUGUGUUCUUUAGGAUGAGGUGCGCGAGAGAAUGAUUUUUAAGAUCUGUGUGUGAACAUGCAUCACACCAAACAAACUACAACUAAAUGUAUAGGAAUAUUCUUAUAUAUAUAUAUAUAUAUAUAUAUAUAUAUAAACUGAAACGUUAAUGUUUUCUAAUAUGCAGUCGAGCUUGAUAAAUGCAGGUGUAUUUCAACACACAGGUUGGGUUUUACAUACAGGAACAGAGCUCCACAUUAAAUGCUUGUCUGGAACAAGUGGAUUUGUUUAAAGGAGCAAGUGAGUACUGAGUAAUAUUAAUUAACUACAUGUACUUACUAUAUGGUUAGGGUUUGGUUUAGGGUUACUUGCAUUGAAUUAUGCAUAACUGAUUGUAAGUACAUGUAAUGUGUAAUAAGG